AUGAAGCUCGUAUCCUGGCUGAUCGGCGGGAUACUCAGUGCUUGCCAUCUCAUUCAGCCAGUAUGCGCUGAGCACCUUCUCGAAGCGACUUCCCUUGUCCCCUGUUCCGAAAAUGGGGUCAUCGGCAUCAAUUAUUUCAGUAUCGUCUUCACGCCGUCAACGAGCAGUGUUACGCUCAGCUUCGAUGGCACAAUCAACUACUCCGGCUAUGUGCUCUUCGAUGUGGAAGUGCUGGUAUACGGAUACAGUGCAGUCAACACAACGAUCGACCCAUGUACACUUCCAACGGUUUCAGGGAUCUGUCCCUUAAGCCUCACGGACUUGCAAAUUGAGACAGCCACAUUCUCGAUGUCCAGUGAUCUUGUCACUCAAUUACCGAACAUCACGUACACCUUUCCCGAUAUCGACGCUCUCGUUCGCGUCAAGAUGGUGUCCAAUGGCACAUCCGAGCAAAUCUCCUGCAUUGAAACGCGAAUCUCCAAUGGCAAAACAGUCGACCAAGGAGCUGUCGCCUGGGUACUUGCGAUCAUCACCGGUGUAUGCAUAAUAACGUCCGUGUUUCUUUCAAUUUCAGGCCACUCGACCAACACCACACAUCUCAACUUCCGAACUCUUCUAUUCUUGAACUUCAUGCAGAGCCAGGCAAUUCUUGGCAUGGCUGCGGUGGAGUUCCCACCGAUGGCCCAAUCUUGGACCCAAAUGUUCCAAUGGACCAUGGGCAUCGUUCAUGCCGAAUUCCUGCAGACCAUUUGCACGUGGUUCUUGCGGGCUACCGGCGGCACAGCGUCGACCUUGUUGAGGCCUACAUCGACUCAUUCCCGAAUCACCGAUGCGACUGUCAACGGAACCGAAAAGACCGUCCGAGGGAUCGAGCGCGUGGGUUAUCGGGUCAACAUUGAAACGACUGAUAUAUUCAUGACAUCCUACAUCGUUUUUUAUUUCGUCGCCCUUUGCUUAAUCGUUCUUAUCUUACUCCUCAGUUUCGGCCUGCCCGCGAUCGCUAAGAAUGUGAACAACGCUAAGUUGAACCGCGCGGCCGGCGCUUGCACGGAACGGAUAACCUUGAUACGCGGUACAAUUUAUCGAAUAGUAUCCUUGGGAUACCCGCAGAUGAGUGUUCUCUGUCUGUGGGAAAUCGUUCACAGAGACUCUUCUGCCGAAAUUAUCUGCGGAAUCAGUAUGUGGCUUGCAAUGACUGGCGUCCUCUCCUUCGCGGGAUUCAAAGUCUUCCAACGCGGUAAAGCAUCUCGGUUCCUGGGCGGCAGCCCAGAUUACACGCUCUAUUCCGACCCUGUCUGUAUGACCAAGUGGGGUUUCUUGUAUAUCAACUACCGAGCGCAGGCCUCUUGGUUCAUGAUCCCACUCAUAGUCCACGCCGCCAUUCGGGGCAUGGUCAUUGCAUUCAGCCAGUCAAACUGGGUGGCACAAUCCAUUGUGCUUGUUAUCCUGGAAGCAGGCAUGCUGGCCGUAACAGCGAUAGUGCGACCCUACAUGGACAAAAAGGCAAACGGGUUUGCCAUUACAGCCUGCGUGCUAAAUUUUCUCAACGCAAUUUUCCUCCUCGUCUUCUCCAACGUCUUCAAUCAAUCCCUCAUGGUCGCUGCCAUCAUGAGCGUCGUCUGGUUCCUCUUUGGUGCCAUAUUUACCCUCGUCCUGCUGGUGUGGCUGUUGAUCGGCCUUUACCGGGCCUUUGCAGUCACGGAAUCCAUCAACUAUAAGCGCCUCUCCGACAAUCUCUCCACCUUUCAACAGCCCGAGGAUAGAAUGGAGACUGAGCUCAUGCCAUUAGAGAAGAUCUCCAGGGGGGAUAUCAGUCCUGUCUCUUCCCGGUGGAGAAUUGAUGAGUCGGAACAUGCCAGAUCGAACGAGGAACUGGGCGCUCACUGGCAGCCAUCAAGAUCACAGCGCGCCGAAGAUGCGCCACCUGUUUUCAGCGAAAGGAGCCCCACGCCGAGGUCCUUGGAUAACUUCAUGGAACCGACGUUGCCGCUGAUCCCUGGUAGUCCGGACAACCGGGGGCGAAGGUCUCCGCGAUCUCCAGGCUAA